CAUCUUGCCGCUGGUCGCGGGGAGCUGAGCGGGUAGCGGUACCGGCUGCGCCAUGCCGCACUACCAGACCUGGGAGGAGUUCACGCGCGCCGCCGAGAAGCUCUACCUCGCCGACCCCAUGAAGGUGCGAGUUGUUCUCAAAUAUCGUCACUGUGAUGGGAACCUCUGUAUCAAAGUAACGGAUGAUGUAGCCUGUUUGCUGUAUAGAACAGACCAGGCUCAAGAUGUAAAGAAGAUUGAGAAAUUCCACAGUCAGCUAAUGCGACUCAUGGUGGCUAAGGAAUCCCGCAGUGCUGCCAUGGAAACAGACUGAAUUGCUGAAAAUGAGUGCUCCGGUCAUAUUUCACUGGAAGAAAAUAUCACUUGGAUUUGAGCAAAUACUGGGACAGGAGAUGCUUUUAUGUACCAAAGUGGACUGAUGAAAAGCCUGAAACUAUUUUCCCCCAGACUCCACUUUGGAAAACCAGGAAAAUAAAUGCUUUCAAUUGAAAGCUUAUAUUUAUUUUUGGAAACUGAACAAGAAACUAUUCUUACACAUUAAAUAUGCUAAGAAGACAUGUAAAUCUUUCUAAAUAUAUAGUACGUUAUUCUUUGAUAGGCAGCAAGCAUAUUUCUGAAAGUUAUGAUAUGGUUUCAUAUAGAUUACAUUGUGUUCAUAUCUUGUGCUGGUGUAUUCUCACAAUGAGAAUGUUUAUUAACCUGACUAAUACUGUAGAAUGAUGACUGGAUCUUAUAAACAUAUGCAUAAAUGAUAUAUGUCGAUGAGUUUUAGGAGAACAGUUUUCUGAACUAAGAUGUUAAAAUUGCAAUAUAUAUUAGCGCUGUCACUAGCAAGAUUUUAGCUUUUAGUAUUGAUCGUAAGCUGUGCAACAUGAUCUGUGAUACAGUUUGUAGAACUGUUAUGUUGGCUAAAUAAUUAAACUUCUGUAUUUGAAACAGUAAGUAAAACCUUUAUUGAAUAUUGCUAGAUAUCAUAUGGGAAGCUGGGAGUUUCUUUUCUGCCUAACCAAAUAUUGAUAUUUAAAAUGUGUUUUUUAAAUCUAGUAGUGAACUACUUUAUGCUAGCAGCAGGGACCUUUUCCAUCCUAGCCUCAGGCAGAGUUGAAGUAUAUCAGCAAGGCAAAUUCUAGAAGCUGUCACCGAUUAUGUUAGUUAAAAAAGACAACCAAACACUAUCCAGACUCUCUGUUUUAGUAGCUUUCUAACUGUGCAUUUUCAAACAUUGUCUGGUGGAUGGAUGUCGGCCAACUAAAUGAAUGAAUGAAAACCAGCUUAAUAAAUACUUAAAUACCAGUGUCAAAAAUAGACCAGUCCUCAUGUGGCUUAGAUUUGUUUCUCAUUGUUACCUCUGGUAGGUUGAUGGUAACUUUAAUUGUAUUUUACAAAAGCUUUUGCUUGAAAAGCCAGUAUUGAAAUUGAUACUUGCUUUGACUAGAUCUUGCAUACCUAAAAACAGAUGGGUUUUAUAUGUAACUAUGCCAUUGGUAUAACCAAGCUUUUUCUGGAUUAAUAUUUUGGCUUUAACCAAACCAUGAAAGUGAAGAGAGAGCCAUACAAAGACUUGUCUGUAAUGGCAUUUAAAUAUAACAAAACAAUCUACUUAAAAUAGCCACCUACUGUCACUUACGUAAAAAUAAUUGAUCUACUGAAAAGCAGUGGAAUUCUGACACUUGCCAAGGAUUCGAAACAAAAUCCAGACUUGAAUAUUGCGUUAGAUUACCCUUUCAGCUGAACAUACAAUGUUGCAUAUUGUUGAAGAAUACUUCAGUGCUAGACUGUUGUUGGCUACUCAGUUUGUAGUCUGCAGGAGUGACAGAUAGAUGUGGAACACUUUCUUGAUUAAUUGAUUUUUCUUUUUGAAAUACGAAUAACUGAAAUCCACAAAGAAGGUUAAAUUUUGUUCAUAGCUAAUCUUUAUUAGGGAUAUCAUGAUACCAUGAGAACUUUCUUUGAUAGGUCAAAUCAUUGUUAUAUUUGUAACAUACCAUGCUAACUAUUUAAACAAUUUUUAUCUAAAGCAGUAUUCUGCAAUAAAUGAUUGUUACACAGAAGUCUUACAUGGGUUGUAGCAAACAAGUGGAGCUUUAAGCUGUUUGGUUAGCAGGCAUAAAGGCUGCAGCUAUUAUGGUGUAAUCUUGGACAUCUCUUCUAACUUAGUUUAGUGUAUAGAAUCUUGUGUCAGCUAAGUUACAGAUGGCAUGACUAGUAUUUGGUCAUGCAGGGAAGAAUAAAAAUAGAAUUGUAGAUGGACUUGAUGUACCAAGUGGCCAAAAUACUUGAUUUAGAGGCAGGCACUCUUGUACAAUGUGUGGGGGAAAUAAUGGUACUGUAUUGCUGUAUUGGAGUAGUGGUUAUCAAGGAAAAGGUGGAGGGUAGAUUUCUAGUGCUCUGAAUUCAGAAACUAUUUCUGUAAAACUGUAAGGAAAUAUUAGUGCUAUCUUGGGAGUAUAUGUUGUUAAGCCUGGCCUCCACAUGCCUGCAGAAAAAUGAGGGCAAUACGGUGCAGUCAUAAUGCACAAGAUCAUUGAUAAAGUGUUGAUAAAUUAAACUUUUGGAUAUUGUAGGCCUUUUAAGAAGAGAAGACAGAAGCUUCUUGACUUUAUUUUGGAGUCUUCAGCCACUUUGAUAUUUACUUUGUGUGUGAGGGGGAAGCAGAAACCUUAUGAACUCAUAAAGCUCUGCUUUUCCUAGUGUAUGCCUUUGUUGAGAGUAUGCACGUGUGUAUAUGUACACUGGUCACUGUUCCUUAAUAAACUUCUAGUCAAUGA